UUGGUAAGUUUCAAUUGUGAAGAAAUGAAACUGUAGAAAGAAAGAAGAAUAAGGCGGAGAAGAUGGAUAAGUAUGAGUUAGUGAAGGAUUUGGGAGCUGGAAAUUUCGGAGUAGCAAGGCUUUUGAGGCACAAAGAAACUAAACAGCUUGUUGCUAUGAAAUACAUCGAACGAGGUCAAAAGAUAGAUGAGAAUGUGGCAAGAGAGAUUAUUAAUCACAGAUCACUUAGGCAUCCUAAUAUAAUCCGCUUUAAGGAGGUGGUUUUGACUCCCACACACUUGGCCAUUGUGAUGGAGUAUGCUGCUGGUGGAGAACUAUUUGACAGAAUCUGUACUGCUGGUAGAUUCAGUGAAGAUGAGGCCAGGUAUUUCUUCCAGCAGCUGAUUUCUGGUGUGGAUUAUUGCCACUUCAUGCAAAUCUGCCAUAGAGAUUUGAAACUGGAAAAUACACUGCUAGAUGGAAGUCCAGCACCUCGAUUAAAAAUUUGUGAUUUUGGUUAUUCUAAGUCGUCGUUGCUGCACUCAAGGCCAAAAUCAACCGUAGGAACUCCAGCUUACAUAGCACCAGAAGUUCUCUCUCGCCGAGAAUAUGAUGGCAAGUUGGCAGAUGUAUGGUCAUGUGGAGUUACACUUUACGUGAUGUUGGUGGGAGCAUACCCUUUUGAAGAUCAAAAUGACCCUAGGAAUUUUAGGAAAACAAUUCAGAGGAUAAUGGCUGUGCAGUACAAAAUCCCAGACUAUGUUCAUGUGUCUCAAGAAUGCAGACACCUUCUUUCACGAAUAUUUGUUGCAAAUCCUUCCAGGAGAAUUACAAUUAAAGAGAUCAAAAGCCAUCCAUGGUUCUUAAAGAAUUUUCCGAAGGAGCUGACAGAGUCGAGCCAAGCUGUUUAUUACCGGAAAGGCAACCCGAGCUUUUCUGGCCAAAGUGAGGAGGAGAUUAUGAAAAUUGUGGCUGAGGCAAGAACUCGACCGCCAUCUUCCGUGCCUAUUAAGGGCUUCGGUUGGGGAGCAAAUGAUGAAGAGAAUGAAGAAGAAUUAGAUGAAGAAGAAGUAGAAGAAGAAGAUGAAUAUGACAAGAGGGUCAAAGAGGUUCAAGCAAGUGGGGAGUUCCAAAUCAGUCAAGUGGUGUAGACAAUAAAGACUGUUCAUUAGUUAAACUGUUAGUUAUGUGUAUUAGAAUAGGCAAUAAAACCUGCUUAUUAUGCUUACAAAUAAGUAGGUUUUAAAAUUUGAAUGGUGUGUAUGUUUCCGUAAGAAAACCUAAUGCAGAUUAAAUAAAUUGAAUUUUUUUAACA